AAGGCUUAGUCAGCGGAAAUGUAAUGUUCGAUCCCCUAUUGAUAAAUCAAGACCUGGCUUCAUUAGGCCUUCAUCGGAAGAACUAGUUGCGCCCGGUUCACUCCAACUGAAUCUAACAUCUUCUCUCACAAACCACCAUGUCCACACAAGCUGCAGCACCUUCUUCGCCACCUCUCGUGGCUUCGAAACCCAAGAAGCAACCUUACCCCUUCUACCUCGGUGGUGUUGCAGCAACAAUUGCUGCUUCCAUCACCCACCCCCUUGACCUUACCAAGGUCCGCCUUCAAGCGUCGGGUGACAAGGGUAUGAUAGAUUCCAUAAAGAAGACCGUCCGCACUGCCGGCGUCCGGGGGCUCUUCGAUGGUAUCACUGGAACAUGGAUGCGCCAGAUGAGCUACAGCUUGUGUCGCUUUUGGGCAUACGAUGAGAGUAAGAGGAUCUUGGGAGCCACACCCCAGAGCCCUGCAUGGGUUCUCGCCACAGCAGGUGUCAUGGCUGGCUCCAUCGCAGGUGUCGUUGGUAACCCUGGCGAGGUCGUCAUGGUCCGUCUGCAAGGCGACUUCGCGAAACCACCCGAAAAGCGGUUUAAUUAUAAGCACUGCUUUGACGCAUUGUUCAGAAUGGUCCGCGAGGAGGGCCCAUCAUCGCUAUUGCGAGGUGUGGGCCCUAAUGUCUUUCGGAGUAUCUUGAUGAACUCCAGUCAGCUGGCUUCGUACGACUUCUUCAAGGCUGAGCUCUUGAAGACAAAGUACUUCGAUGACAACAUUGCUUGUCAUUUCACAGCCAGUUUUGCAGCAGGAACGGUUGCAACCACUGUUUGCUCACCUGCAGACGUGCUCAAGAGCCGUAUCAUGAACGCUUCUGGACCCGGAUCGAGCUCGACGAUUGGAGUGAUCCGGUCCUCUCUAGCAACGGAAGGCCCAAUGUUCAUGUUUAAAGGCUGGCUCCCCGCAUGGUCGCGUCUCCAGCCCACCACAAUCCUGAUUUUCUUAACCCUCGAACAACUGAAACAACUCGUCGACUGGAAGCGUGGAUCGUUAUAAAGUGAUCGCGGUCCAUCCCUUUUGAAUGAUCAAAAUAUUUGAAUGCGGAUUUGAAUUUGUUGCUUGGAGGGACCAUG